GGUCUCUCACUCAGUCACUUGAUGCGCUACCCAACUACAGCAAACAUGAAGGGCCAGAUCUGCGCAGCUGUACUGGUACUGACGGCGGGGCUGCUGGUGGGAGCCAACCAGGAAAAAGAUCCUAUAAACUUUUGGGUUUCAUUCUACCGUAAUGAACUGUACAGUAUCUGCGGAGAGAGCAUAUGCUGGCCUGCAAGCGAGCCGUGCUUCAAGCAGAUGAAGGAACUCAAUUAUACAACGGAAGAGCAAGUGCAAGAAGCCAUAGAAGGAACGACGCAGUGUGCCACGAAGAUUGGUGCCACCGACGCAGACUUCAGUACCCUCACUCUGGAAAAACUGAAUGCGGCAUUCUCCAAAGAUAAGAAUCCUUCCGUUAAAGCCGCGGAGUAUAUCAAUUUCAUGAACAGCUACGGAGUUAUUGGAGAAAAGCUUCAACACGGCAUGUUACGCUGUACCCUGAAUAUGAUCGGCGAGCUCCCCAAACUGAAGGAGUGCGUAAAGAAGGCAAAAGCUGAAGAAAAUAAUGAAACAGAACCUACUGAAUAGACACCUUGCUUCAAGGCCAAGCACUGUCCCGGAGCACUGGAAGACAGCCAUCAAGAACCAAUCCAAACGAUUACGAGUUGGCAUAAGUACUCAUUCUCUCUCUCUCUCUCUCUCUCUCUCUCUCUCUCUCUCUCUCUCUCUCUCUCUCUCUCUCUCUCUCUCUCUCUCUCGUUUUCCUUCCAAUUCUUAAAACAACAUGAAUAAAAAUUAAUAAUGAAAUAAACAAACAAACAGCAAACAAAUAAAUAACUGUUAAACAUAAUGAACAGAGAACUGUUAGUGAAAGAACAACAACAACAACAACAACAACAACAAGUUACUGCUGCUAAAUUUAGCAAAAGACAUGACACAGCAUGACAACCGCGCACCAUUACAGCUAUAGCCAGUCACAACCUCACCCAAAAUAAAAAAAAUCUAGAGAUUCAUACACACACACACACACACACACACACACACACACACACACACACACACACACACACACACACAC